UACCGAACCCCGCACUUCCGAGCCUCGGCUCGCGUACAGGUGCCUCCAUUCGCCUGCAAGGAGACGUGGAUAGUGGGAUGGAUUCAAGCGUGCAAUCACAUGGAGUUCCACAACAAGUAUGGGAAGAAGGGGAUGUCUGAAAAGAUAUAAUGCGACAGUACUUCUGACUGUAGGCUUCCCUGUAUUCAAAAGAAGUAUGACACACCUCCGGAGGUACCAGCAGCACAUGCGCAUAGGAAACGGCACUGAAGUACGACACAGAAAAGCCCGUAACAGAGCAAACUCUAAUGUAAGUUAGAAGCCAUGUAGAACUAAUCAACAAUCUUGAUUACUAAAAAGAACAAGGAAACCAGAUCAAUUUAAUAAUAAUAAUAACAAAGAUCAAAAGUGUACAGAUAGAUCUGAGCUUUAUAAUAAGAGUUAUGUGUAUGAUGUUGUGAAAGGAAACGGAUAGUUGUGGCUGUUUGUUUCUGCCAUUAGUGACUAAAAUGGAAGGUUGAAAAAACUGGAAUAACUGGACUGAAUUGAAGAAGCAUAGUGCAGCGUUUUGGAUGUCAGAAUUGAUAGUAAGAGAUCACAAAUAUGUAAAGUUUAUUAGGGGAUGGUAAUCGGACACUGGUACGACCCGUUACACUGUAGUGCAGCUAAAACAUUGACACAGUUCUGAUAUGCACACUGCACUGGUUGUGGGAAAAUGUAGGAAGUAAGAAAAAAACAUCAGAAUUAAAAGAAAAACAUGCAAAGCCUGUGAAUUUUUUCCUUCCGUUUUUACUAGAGGAUUAGGGUCCCUCUGCUGUUUACACUUGGCCCGUGACUCUGCAGUGUUGCACAAAACAAACAGACCUGCUUCAUUUGCCAUUUGCACAAGUACAGGUACACUGGAAUGCUUCUCUUCACCAACCCCUUCUUGCGCUCCACAGCUUAGGGGUCACAGUGCAGGGUCAGCUAUCUUCCAGUGCUUCUGGAGCUGGUGGAUAAGGGCCUUGCUCCAGGGCCCACAGACAUGUGACUGUUCUGCUGAGGUGGAAGAUACAAACCAGCGAUCUUCUGAUCACAGGCACUGAGGCUUGGCCCGCUGAACCCCUCACCGCCCAGAAUCUAGGCAUUCUGGCCAGUUACAAGCUGAUUCUUUUACCAGAAUUAGCUACCCUUUCACAACGUUAACAAUCCUGUCAGAUCACAUGGCGAUUUGUUUCCUAUUCAGAUAAAAGCAAUUAACUGCAAAGUUUUUUCCAGCCUUUUUCAGUUUAAUAAGGUUAUUAUAUAUUAUAUAGUUAUUUUUUAUUUUGGAAUAACAAAACAACCUUAUCUCCCCGUAACCCAGAAGGAUAAGCGGUUUGGAAAAUGGAUGGAUGGAUGGAAAACAACCUCAUUUGUAAAUUGAACAUGACUGCAUGUAUCUGUGUGAUUUAAAAUCGCCUGUCAGGCACAGUAUUUAUAUACCUUUUCUUAGAUGCUUCAUUUCCCAUAAACUUCCCCCUUUUGAGAAACAGUAAUGUGAAUUUGCGGAGGGUAGUGCGGGGGGUAGUGGGGGUAUAACUACUGUUUAUGCACCCAUUUCCUGGGAUUGUUACAACUAGAGACGAAAUCUGUUGUGACUGAUAAAAGCCAGGCUAAUUCACUGGCUCCAGAAAUUGUGGCCAGCAUGUGGAAAAGAUCUCCUGUGGGGGGUGGGGGGGGCAUUCUUACUAUAAGGUCAGCUCUGUUAUGAUAAAAAAAGGUACUUUUGUGUAAUCAGCAUAUUAAACAGAGCAGUGCAGCCUCAUUUCCCCUUGGUGUUUUAAUUAAUUCUAGCCCUAGAGCAUCAAUGGAUUUUUCUGUUGCCAGUGACAUUGAUGCGAGCUCACUGGAACAAGCAGGGGCUCAUUGUGAGGCCGUCACCCGCCUGCAAGCGUGGGCACACUUACUCUACCUCUACCCUCACUUAACAGCAAAGAAACAAACAACCAUAAUAUCAACCAGCAACUGGGAGGUUGUGAUCAAUCAUGUAGAGUGCUGUAUAAAUGUCAAGCUGGGAGCUUCCAGACCUAAGGGAUGGUAAGAUCCAAGCAAUAAGUGAUUCAGACGGUGUGAACUACCCCUGGUACGGCAAUACCACAGAGACAUGCAUAAUUGUGGGUCCGACAAAGAAGGAAAGUAGGUUCACCGUGAGCAUGAAUGACAACUUCUAUCCUAGCGUGACGUGGGGAGUGCCAGUGAGCAACAGCAACCUGCCUCAGCUCACCAGCAUACACCGUGAUCAGAGCUUCACCACCUGGUUAGUGGCCAUAAACCAGGGGACGGGCGAAACACUGGUACUGCAGACCAUCCGGUGGAGGAUGCGACUGCACAUCAAGAUCAACCCGGACAAGCCGCUGGGCCAGAGAGCGAAGCUGAUGGAGCCGGUGUCCCAGGAUCAGCCACAGAUACUGGCUAAGAAUGAGUCCAUUCCACCUCAAGCCAUGGUCAAACCCAACGCCAACGAUGCCCAGGUCCUAAUGUGGCGGCCAGCGACUGGAGAUCCCAUUGUAGUAAUCCCUCCCAAAUACUGAAUGCCUCAUCCAGCUGGUUUAAAGAAAAACAGCGGACAUCAUGGGUUUUUACAAAAUGGACAUGUUUCAUUGACCUGAGACACAAACUUAUACAACUGUAAACCAUUCUACCUUUCAAAUGGAUUGAGCAUCAUCUUUACAAAAUGAAGAGCGGAUUUAUACACAUUUAACACAAACUGAGAUUAUUUAUUGAGAGGCAUUGUUUAUUUGUGCAUAAGGAAUUUUGCUGUUGUGUUAUUUUGGUCAGAGGUGUGUUCAAUUAAAAGAAAGAUUAAGAAUAUGUCAGACGAAGGAAUAUGCAAUACUCAACCGAGAGAUCACAUGCAAGGCAUCUAUCUGUCCAUGUGGCCUUACACUUAUAUUGCUUUUCAUUGACAUAUUUGCCUUAAACUCAGUAUGAUGCAGUAUCCAUGUCCUGUGCUCUUUGCAAGGCUUACCGACAGAGGAAAACAGACAGCUGAGGGGAACAGCAUAAAGGCGGGGCAAGGAGUACAUGGGGAAGUGAUACCAGCUGACACUAUGAGACACAUUGUUGUGCUUGAAAAAAGAGCGGAUUGAACGGAAGUCAAAUCACUGAUGAGAGUAAUACUGACCACUGGUGUAUAAGCCAUGUCACGCAGAGCUAUAUUAGUCCUGCAUGUUGAAUAGAGGGCCGAGGAUUAUUGUGUUGCAACAAAGCAGCAUCCUCAAAACCCCGUGGGGCUCUCCUGUGACAUUGACGGGGCGCAGCAGAUUUCUUUGUUGGGUACUGCAGCUGAAAUUAUGGUCCCGGUCUGCACUGCGCUGUCUAAUUACUCAGGCCGUGUGACAUCAGCUACUUUCUAGUGCCAUGGGAGCACCAGCAUGUGAUCAAUAAGAUUAUUGAUAUGCAAUCGUAGAGGUUGGCAGGCUGCCAAGUCAGUGGUACUAUGAAUAACUCUGACUGUAGAAAAAUGUUUUUCCAUGGAAUGUUUGCAUUGUGGAUAAUAUUCCCGCCUUGGAAGGCUGGGUAUUGUGUUAAAUUCUGCAUCAGUGUGCCAUCCAGGUGCUCUCCUUUGCUCAUGGGAGUUAUACUUACACAAAAAUGUUUAGAAGGCAGCAGAAAGAAAAAUUAUUGGUUCAGGGGGAUAACCAAUCAUAUAGUUGAGGAGGUGGGUCCAAGCAACUGCAGGGGGCGAGACCAACCAAACAAAUGUCUCGGUCCCGCCUCCACUAGUUGCUUGGACCCACCUCGUCUAUAAUCUGAUUGGUUAUAUCUCUGAACUAAUUGUUUUUCUUUCUGUCCUCAAAACAUUUUUGUGUAAGUAAAAUUCCCAUGAGUCUCUGUUUCCUGUAAGCUAACAGCUGAAAUCAAGGCCACAGUUGUAAAACUGGCUUCUGUAUUGUGGCCUCAACCUGAAUAUGACAGUGAGUCUGACUGAAAGCACCAUUCGCUGGGACAUCAGGGCAGCUUCCUGGGGUAGGCUCUAAGCCAGGGCUGGGGAACCUGUUCCAUGGUGGCCCCGUGUGGGUGCGGGUUUUUAGGAUGGCCUCUCAAUCAGCCUAUAAUAGUGGCUCCCCAGGGCUGGGGUUGAGAACCACUGUCUUAUUAUUGGCUGAUUGAGAGGUCAUUGCAAAAACCCACACCCACACUGGCCCUCCAUGGAUCAGGUUCCCUACCCCUGCUCUAAGCUCACCACGACCCUGUACUUGAUGUGUGGUUUACAAGAUGGAUGGAUGGAUCAAAGCACAGAUUGAGCAAGAAUAUCUUUUCCAUCUCAGACCUGCUGAAGUCUUGAAAUAUAAUUGCUGUUUGUUGGAUAACUUAUUCAUGUAUUCUCUCCAUUUUUUAUGUAGUCUGAUUGGAGGGGAUUACCAUAUGUAAAUAUAUUUUGGAAUUAUUUGUAUUCUGAUGUAGAACUGGGCUCUGCUGGGUCAGAGAGUUAAACAUUGAUCUCAUUUUUACAAGAAAUAAUGAUUAUAGAUAAGUGUUUUAAGAUCUUUGGGUUGAUUCAUGCAUUUGUUUAAAGAAAUACUGGAAUGGACUGCAGCAAUGGAGUGUAAAUGAGUUUGAGAUGUAGAAAUGAAUUAAAUUUCUACUUCAGAGUUUUACCUUCAGAGUAUUAAUUUUCUCCCUAGUGAUUUCUCUACAGGGUUUGCUUUUGGAUGUUGCAUUAAUGUUUUCUGCUGUGAAAACCCAGAGUGAAAGUGGGCUAAGCGGUUGUGAAGAAUGUGCAUUGCAUCUGGGAUAUAAGAUGGACAAGCACAGGAGAUCUUACUGUCAUAUAUACUACCUGUUAUGGUCAGAGAGCAUGGAAUGAGGUCACUAUCUACUGAGUAGUGUUGACUGGUCAACAUUACUGCGCCUCAGUAUUGGAAGACCACUGUAAACCUUUGAAAUACCUGAAACUGAAUGUUUUGUAAAGUUGUGAUUUUACUGUAGACAGCAUAUUGUGAAAUGCUGAUUAUUUUUGAUUCAGAGGACACGCUAAGACCUCGCAAUUGUUCGCAGCUGUGCUACUUGCAUUUUUCCGUCAACGUAAUUAGGGUACCAGUUCUCACAGGUUAUAGGUUGCAUAUGCCUGUCGCCGGCAUUGAAUUUCCUGUAGUCUUAUAGGCCACUGUGGGUAGAGAGCAUCCUUAGGAUGUGGGAGGACCAUGGGAGAGCUGUAAUUAGCACUGUUGAUACUGCCCAGCAUGGAGUGGCCAGGAGCAGCCGCUCGCUUAUCGAGAACUGGUGGAGCACUUGCUCCCGCCAUUCACAUUUACCUCUUCAUUGAGCGGGGACAGGUCCUUGGAUGUGCUGCCCUCUGUCAUGUUUCAGCUUUCAGAAGUGUUAUAAAAGCUUUACCGGCUCUUGUUUAAUUGAAACGUUUCACAUUGCUGGGUUCUGUUUCUCGUCGUAGCACAAAGGCUGCACCCUUUGCACGCAGACACAUUUUCACAUGCAUAAACUGCGACUUUGUACUUGUGUCUGCAUUUUGUUGAAGUCCUGUCUGUGUCUUGCUACGUGGCCCAGCCCGAGAUGCAAGGGACGCCCACUUUUUCGUCGCCAAACUCAUGCUCAGAGUACCGGGGAGGCGGCCGUUUAGCAUCAGUGGUGACAUUUACGGGUGCACCAAGUGUUAGCUCAACUCAGAUGGGAUUUAAGUGUCAAGCAUCUCAAACUCUGGGCUGCUUGAUUUCCAGGUUGUGAGAAACCAAACCAGCUCAGAGAGGGAUGCUCCUGUGCUCUGAUAAAAACUCUUUACUAUUGUGACUGUGCUGUUUCAACAGAGGACGUGGAAGCCAUGUUUUGUGUGAAUACACUGAAUUGGACACACUGUCUGCUCUAAAACACCUUACUUGGCAGCUGCCUGUGGUUGAAUGGAAUAAUGCUGCUGUGUUUUCCCUGUCUUGCCAAUACGUGUCGUGAGGUAUUCCUGUGACGUUAUCUUUGCGUAGCCUAGAGACAUCCCAGUGAUAACACUGAGUAUUCAUUUGCAAAAGGUACUGUAUGAAAAAGCCACUGGAAUCAGCACAGAUAUCAGCCAUAAGGUUAGAGAAAUUCUCUUAGUGCAAGGCAGAAGUGUGAUGAAUAUUUAUUGAGUCCCAAACCAUGUUCUUUUCUUUGAGGGAGACCCUACUAAAAUGUAUUGCAAUGCUACAGAUGACAGCAGGAUUUUUAAAAUAUAUAAAUCCUAUAUUUAACAUUAAUACUUGAAAUGGAGUAUUAUUGAAAAACUGUGAAAAUGCACAAUAUUCAAAUAAAAAUGUUUUAUAAUAACCAAA